UAUAUAUUGGAGCUGUAAGAAAAAGAGGGAUAUACAAAAGAAGGAAAAGAAGAAAGGUGAUGAUGGGUAAUCAGAUUAGAAGAUUCUUCUACAGUGUGUGCCUUUUGGCUUCUGCUGCUCUUAAUAUCUUUCUUGUGAGGAAUGUUUAUUUGGGUGAUGAGUGGAAGAAGCAGAAGCUGAGUAAUUGGGCUGAAGAAGCUGCAGCAGAAGCAGAAGCUGUGGCGUUGAUAUCUUGUUCUGGGCAUGGAAGAGCUUAUUUGGAUGGAGCUGUGGUGGAUGGGAAGCCUGUUUGCGAGUGUAACACAUGCUAUGGAGGACCUGACUGCUCUCUCUUUUCUCCUGAUUGUGCUGCUGAUGCUCUCAGAGGGGAUCCAUUGUUCUUGGAGCCCUUUUGGAUGCAACACGCAGCUAGUAGCGCAGUCGUUGUUGCAGGUUGGCACAGAAUGAGCUAUACGUUUUCCGACGAUUCCUACAUCUCACAAGAACUUGAAACCCACAUUCGUAGAGCUCAUGCCGUUGCAAGAAACGCAAUCACCAAAGGAAAAUACUUCAUUUUUGGUGGCGGAUCCACUCAACUCCUUGCUGCAGCAGUGUAUGCCCUUUCCAUGAAUCUAUCGUCCACUGCAAAAGUCGUUGCAGCUGCCCCUGCUUACCCGCUCUACAAAACACAGACAGAUUUCUUCCAAAAUACGCGUUUUGAGUAUGAUGGAGAUGCAUCAUUGUUUAAGAAUUCUUCAGAUACAACGGCUAACCUGAUUGAGUUUGUGACUUCGCCAAAUAAUCCGGAUGGAAAUCUAAGGGAGGCUGUGUUACAAGGACCAAAAGUUAGAGCAAUUUAUGAUCAUGUUUACUAUUGGCCUCAUUUUACAGCUAUUCCAGCCCCGGCAAAUGAAGACGUCAUGAUCUUCACCAUGUCAAAGUUCACCGGUCAUGCUGGAAGCAGACUCGGAUGGGCUUUUGUGAAAGAUGAGGAUGUCUACCAGAAAAUGCAGUCAUACAUAGAAGCAGCCGAGAUUGGCAUCUCAAGAGAGGCUCAACUGAGGGCUUUGAAGCUCAUGAAAGCAAUUUUGCAGGCAGAUGGGAGGGAAAUUUUCGAGUAUGCAUACAAGAAAAUGAGCUAUCGCUGGCGAAAACUAAGUGAUAUCUUAGUGUUGUCGGAACGAUUUUCCAUCCAGGAAAUUCCACCGUUGUUCUGUAACUUCUUUGAGAGAGUCAGAGGACCAUCUCCAGCUUAUGCAUGGUUGAAAUGUGAAAGAGAAAACGACACAAAUUGCAACCAAGUCCUCCGGGCAGCAAACAUCAUAGGCCGGGCAGGUAGCGCGUUCAAUGUGGAAGAUCGUUAUGCUCGUCUCAGUCUCUUGAAGACCGACGAUGACUUUAACUUACUGCUGCUUCGCCUCGGCAAACUAAUCUCUGAGGAUAUAUACACUAUAUGAAGAUGUUGUAAUAUCAGUCAUGACUAGGUAAUUAUAUAUAAGGAAGUUGCUGGUAAUUAUUCACAUAAUAUUAUGUGAUAUAUAGUCUCUUGUCAAUGAAGAGGUCAUGUCUAUUCAUGAUCUUUCAUGUACCAUAUGUGUUGUAAUAAUUGUUUUCUAUGUUCUCAUGUAAUCACAUGACAUAGAAACUGUUUGGAUUAAA